AUGAUACAAGAAGAUCAAGGACAGUGUUCAUCUCAAACAAUGAACAACUUUGAAACCUAUCAACAAGAACAGUUUCUUCUCCAUCAACAACAAAUCAUGCGGCAACAAAACAGUUUCUCUUUCCCCGGUGGUGAUCAUCAUCAAGUUGUUUCACCAAUCUUGCAACAACAACCAUGGUCAUCCAUGUCUAUGCAACAAUUCCAUGUCCAUGACCCUUUUGUUCUUCCUCAACAGCAAACUUCAUCAUCACCUUACGCAAGUUUGUUCAACAGAUCUUCUAGGGUUCCGUCUCUUCAGUUUGCAUAUGAUCAUCAUCAUCACGGAGGGUCUGAGCAGCAUCUUAGGAUCAUAUCUGAUACACUUCACCAACAUGGAUCCUUUGGUGGACUUCAAUAUCAAGGUGGCGAUGUUGGAAAGAUGAGUGCUCAAGAAAUCAUGGAGGCUAAAGCUCUUGCAGCUUCCAAGAGUCAUAGUGAAGCUGAGAGAAGACGCAGAGAGAGAAUCAAUAAUCAUCUUGCUAAGCUUCGUAGCUUGUUACCAAGCACAACCAAAACGGAUAAAGCAUCAUUGCUAGCGGAAGUGAUACAGCAUGUGAAAGAGUUGAAGCGUCAAACAUCAUUAAUAUCAGAAACAUGUCAAGUUCCAACGGAAUGUGAUGAGUUAACAGUAGAUGCUGCAAAUGAUGAUGAUGAGGAGGAAUAUGGAAAUGGAAAUGGAAACAAGUUUAUUCUUAAAGCUUCACUUUGUUGUGAUGAUAGGUCAGAUCUUUUGCCUGAAUUAAUCAAGACAUUGAAAGCAUUAAGGUUAAGAACAGUUAAAGCUGAUAUAACAACACUUGGAGGACGUGUGAAGAAUGUUUUGUUCAUUGCUGGUGAAGAUCAUGAUCAUGAAUAUUGCAUUAGUUCUAUACAAGAAGCACUUAAAGCUGUGAUGGAGAAGAGUGUUGGAGAUGAAUCUGCUUCUGGAAAUGUUAAGAGACAAAGGACUAAUAUAAUAUCUAUAUCUAAUUAG